AAACAAACAAAAGGUACGUUGAAAUCUUGCCCACCAAGUCAAUUGAUCACCGACAGUAAUUGACAUUCAUAGACACCAUGUACAACAGAUACAUUCCCCCACCCAAGCCAGCGGGCGGUGCGGCCCCCGUGUCGCAACCAGUGUCACAAGCGCCGGCGCAACCAGCACGAAUUGUCUUUGGCGACGAUGACUUUGUCGCGAACAACCAACAAAAGGCCGCCGUCGAGGAACCAGUACAACAAGUAGAGGAACCCAAGUCAAAGUCGAAAAAGUCCAAGAAGCAACGCGACACCGACGAUGCUGAAGAGCCCCCACGAAAGAAGACCAAGACCGACGACGACGACAAUGACGAGCAACAAGUCGAACAGAAAGACGAGACCGAAGCGCAGCCAGAUACAUCCAUAAAGAAAGAACCCAAGAAGCCAAAGAGGGAAAAGAAAAAGAAGGAAAGCGUCCUCGAAAAGCCCGCCGAGCUCGAAGAUGACCACAUCCGCCAACGCCAUCGCUCCGUCUUCGAAAAAGUCGAGAAGGCUCUCAAAUUGAAGGAACUACAGGGCGACGAAAAGGAAGACACGCCAGAACCAGAAGAACCCGUUUACGACCUCGGUCCCCUCCCCCAGCCCGCCCCCGUCGUCGUCGACUCUUCCAAACUCACCUACGAAACGCUGCCCCCCUGGCUCGCCAACCCCAUCCGCGUCACCACCGACACCAGGAAAGCUUUUCCAGACCUGGGCAUCUCCGCCGAGGCAGCGAAGAUUUUGGCUACGAAGGGAUUCAAAGACGCCUUUGCCGUACAGACAGCUGCCCUUCCUUUGCUGUUGCCUAACCCGGAUCUUCAGGGUGAUGUGGUGGUGGCUGCGCCUACUGGUUCGGGAAAGACGCUGGCGUAUGUGUUGCCGAUGGUGCAGGAUAUUGCGCUGAGCCAGACGACCAAGCUCAGGGGAGUGAUUGUUUUGCCGACGAGAGAUUUGGUGCAGCAAGUCCAGGCGGCGUGUGAGGCGUGUGCCGCGGCUUUUGCGGGGAGUAAUGACGGGAAGAGGGUGAAGGUGGGUACGGCGAUGGGAAACCGGCCGUUUAAGGAGGAGCAGGCGGUUAUUAUGGGGACGGAGCAAAAGUACGAUCCCAAGGGUUACCAGAAGUGGUUGGAGAGGCAGAAGCAGUUGGUGGAUCUGGACGGGGAUAGCGAGGAGGAGGAGGAGGAUCUCGAGCUGGAGCUGAAGCGGCCAUUGCCGUAUCAUGUCAAUCAGCAUGUGCCCAAGGUCGAUAUCCUCAUCUGCACGCCGGGUCGUCUGGUGGAGCACAUCACCAAAACCAAGGGCUUCACGCUCGACUACGUCCGGUGGUUGGUGGUCGACGAAGCUGACAAGCUCCUUGCACAAGACUUCCAGCAGUGGUUUGAUGUGGUGAACGAGAAGUUGGCUGUCAGCAAGCCGGGUGCGAGGGACUUUGCGGCGAACAACAAGACGGGACCGAGGAAGGUGAUUUUGUCAGCGACAAUGACGAGGGACAUCACGCUGUUGAACGGGCUGAAGCUCUCGAGGCCAAAGUUGGUGGUGUUGGAGGGUGCAAAGGCUGGUGAUCUGGCGAUCCCUGCCACGCUUAAGGAAUACGCGAUCAAGAUUGCCGAGCCAAGUCUUAAGCCGUUGUAUCUGGUGGAUCUGUUACAGAGCAAGUACCUGGUUCCUGUCAACGGCGAGGACGUCGCUGCUGGGUCAGAAUCAUCCAGCUCCGACUCGUCCGAUUCCGACUCCAGUUCCUCCGACUCCGACUCCUCGUCAGACUCCGACUCCGACGCCGAGCCCACAACAAGGAAGGCCAAGUCUAUGUCCAAGCCCACCACAUCAAAGGCAGCCUUCCCCACCACCGCCCUCAUCUUCACCGCCUCCAACCAAUCCGCCCUCCGCCUCUCACGCCUGCUCUCCCUCCUCCUCCCCUCCCUCGUCCCACUAAUCGGCACCCUAACCUCCUCCACCAAGACCUCCGUCCGCCUGCGCACACUGCGCGCCUUCACCUCCGGCAAACUUCGCAUCCUCGUCGCCUCCGACUUGGUAUCCCGCGGUAUCGAUCUUUCCAAUCUCGACCACGUAAUCAACUACGACCUCCCCCUUUCCGAGACGUCGUACGUGCACAGGGUAGGACGCACAGCCAGAGCCGGGAGGGAAGGCAAAGCGUGGACGCUGGUGGAGUGGGCGGAGGCGAGAAGGUUCUGGAGGGAGUUUGUGGGUGAGGGGCAAGGGGCGGUUUGUAAUGUGAAGAGGGCGGAGGGAAGGACGGUGGAGAGGGUGAGGGUUACUGAGGGGAUGGAAGAGGGGGAGAAGAAGAAGAAUGGUGGGUUUAGUGAGGAGAGGGUGAAGGAGUUGGAGAAGGCGUUGGAGAUGUUGAGGGUUGAGGCGACGAAGAGGGGGUGA